AUGCCUACCGCACUCUCACCUCUUCCCCUGAACGCACCUCAACAAUGGACCAAGCCUACCUAUUCCAACACCCAUGGAGGGAAGACUUACAGACCAACCCAUCCGGAUCUGUUCAAAGUGGAAUUUACACCUCCACAGAGCGGUGGUGAGGAAUACUCAAGUAGGCUGGUUGCUGUUCGAAACUUUGAACCAAACGAACGAAUAACGAGACUCACCAAUAUAUCUUUAGCACCUGAAAAAGCUUAUUCGUCGGUACAAUUCGGUAAAGGACAGAGGGAUCAUCUAGAGCUAAAUUCAGAUUUAUUAUUCAUGAAUCACUCGUGCUCCCCUACCGCUGAAAUUCACCUUACGUCCAAUAACCCUGAUCAAUGGGAAGUCCGGACCACCUCGAAAGGCUUGAAGAAAGGAGGUGCUAUCACAUUCUUCUACCCUAGUACAGAGUGGGAUAUGGCACAGGGUUUCCAAUGUGCUUGUGGAUCGGAGAACUGCCUCGGUGAGAUAAAAGGUGCCAAGCAUAUCUCUAUAGAAGAUCUAGAAUCUAGAUCAUACGUGAAUGAACAUAUACGGCAGUUGAAGGACAGUCAAGUCUAG